AUGUGUAUCGGCCCAGCACCCACUCCUGAAACCGAGGAAGAGCUUCCACCCUCUCCUCAACAUGUUUUAACGGAAAAGGAUCACCAACGACUCAGAUUUCAGCGCAACAUUGGUGUCUCUGCUCACAUUGACUCUGGCAAAACAACGUUGACGGAACGAAUUUUAUAUUAUACCGGACGCAUCAGCCAAAUUCAUGAGGUUCGUGGUCGGGAUGCUGUAGGAGCCAAGAUGGAUAGCAUGGACCUGGAAAGAGAGAAGGGGAUUACAAUCCAGAGUGCGGCGACCUUCUGCGACUGGGAAACGACGGACGUUGCGACCGGCAAUAAACAAAACUAUGCUAUCAACAUUAUUGACACACCAGGACACGUAGACUUCACUAUCGAAGUUGAGCGUGCGCUGCGAGUCCUGGAUGGUGCAAUUUUAGUUCUGUGUGCUGUGGCUGGUGUCCAGAGUCAAACUACAACGGUCGACCGACAAAUGAGACGGUAUGGUGUUCCUCGUAUAUCAUUCAUUAACAAGAUGGAUAGGCCUGGUGCCAACCCAUGGAGAAUUGUCAACCAAAUCCGGUCAAAGCUUCGCAUACCUGCUGCUGCCGUUCAGGUGCCCAUUGGUAUUGAGGACGAGUUCAAGGGUGUCGUUGAUCUCGUACACUGGAGGUCUAUUUACAACGAGGGCCAGAAAGGAAAUGAGGUCGUUAUAUCCCAGGAAAUUCCCGAAUCCGUUAUGGAACUCGCCAAGGCCAAGCGCAACGAACUUGUUGAACAACUUGCCGAGGUAGACGAAGAGAUUGGGGAGCUUUUCCUCAACGACGAAUUGCCCAAUAACGACCAGAUCGCCGCUGCUAUUCGACGCUCCACAAUUGCCCUCAAGUUCUCCCCGGUCUUCCUCGGUUCUGCGAUCAAGAACACGGCCGUUCAGCCCAUGCUUGACGGUGUGUGCGCUUACCUCCCCAAUCCCGCUGAAUCCGAGGUGCUCGCGCACGAUACGAGUUUACCCUCCUCUGCGCCUCAGGUUCAACUAACUCCUGCUGCGGACGCCCCCUUGGUUGGUCUUGCGUUCAAGCUGGAGGAGGGCAGGUUCGGCCAGUUGACCUACAUGCGGGUCUAUCAAGGGACCUUGAAGAAGGGCAACCAGAUUUACAACGCUCGCACAGGCAAGAAAGUCAAGGUUCCCCGUCUCGUUAGGAUGCACAGUAAUGAGAUGGAGGAUAUUGAAUCCAUUGGUCCUGGUGAAAUUUGUGCCAUUUUUGGCGUGGAAUGUUCUUCAGGCGAUACUUUCACGGACGGUUCUACCAGCUUUUCCAUGACGAACAUGUAUGUUCCAGAACCGGUUAUCUCGCUGUCCAUCAAACCGAAAGGCAUUGAAACCCCAAAUUUCUCGCGUGCUUUGAAUCGCUUCCAGAAGGAAGAUCCUACAUUCAAAGUUCACAUCGAUCAUGAGAGUAAAGAGACCAUUAUUUCCGGCAUGGGAGAACUUCACCUUGAAAUCUAUGUUGAACGCAUGCGCAGAGAAUACAACACUGAUUGCGUCACUGGAAAACCUCGCGUAGCAUUCCGUGAGACUAUCACUCAACGCGCCGAUUUCGCCUACACGCACAAGAAGCAGACUGGAGGCGCGGGUCAAUACGCCAAAGUUGUCGGGUACAUCGAGCCGAUGGAACCUGACCCAGAGACCGGAAAGGACGUUGCUUUUGAGAGCGUGGUCAUGGGUGGGAACAUCCCUACCAAUUUCAUUCCUGCCAUCGAAAAGGGUUUCUAUGAAGCACUUGAGAAAGGUGCCUUAUCUGGUAACGCCAUUUUCGGAUGCCGUUUCGUGCUCAAGGAUGGUGCUUUUCAUGCCGUCGAUUCGUCUGAACUGGCUUUCCGACUUGCAACAAUCGGUGCUUUCCGUGAGGCAUUCAAGAUGGCGAAGGGUGUUAUUUUGGAGCCAAUCAUGAAUGUGGAAGUCGUUGCUCCUGUUGAAUUCCAGAGUCAAGUUAUUGGUGGAUUGAACACUCGUCGUGGCACCAUUGUUGACAGCGAAGUCCGCGAUGAUGAGUUCACUGCUGCCGCUGAGGUGGCGCUGAACGAUAUGUUUGGGUAUUCCAACCAACUUCGUGGGUCUACUCAAGGGAAGGGUGAAUUCAGCAUGGAGUAUAAGCAUCACAUGCCUGUUCUGCCAAAUCUUCAGAAGGAUCUUGAGGAGGCUUACCGCAGGACCCUUGUUGUUAAAAAGUAGACAGUAUAAUACCUUAGACGUUAGAAAACAUAUUAGUGACUAAUAUUUAUUUCAUUCACGAAUCAUUGC